AUGGCUGCGCCGAGAAGAGGCCUUUUUGAUGUGGCCGACCUCCUCGACGAGGAGCCGCUCCCCCGCCGCGCCACGAUCAACCCCUUGAACGGCAAGAGUUUCUCCCCGAAAUACUACCAUAUGCUUGAGCGGCGCCGUCAGCUCCCCGUCUGGACCAUGAAGGAGGAGUUUAUUUGCGAGCUAGCCAGACGGCAAGUCGUCGUCCUCCACGGAGAUGCUCCAGGAAGCGGGAAAACCACUCAGAUUCCGCAGUUUCUACUUGAGGCGCGCGGUUUGUUUGGCCGGCCCAUGAUUGCUUGCGCCCAGCCUUGGAGGGUUGCCGCAAUGUCAGUUGCAAAGCGUGUCGCGGAAGAGUUGGAUGUUACAAUCGGGGAGGAAGUUGGAUACAGCAUCCCGUUUGAAGCCUGCACCAGCAAUCGUACUGUAAUCAAGAUGAUGACUCAUGACAUUCUUGUCAGAGAAGCGCUCUCCAGUCCUCUGCUUUCAGAGUAUAAUGUGAUAGUGGUUGAUGAAGCGCAGGAACGGACACUAUCCACUGAUCUCUUGCUUAUUAUUCUAAAGGACAUUUUGAAGAAGAGGAUUGAUCUGAAAAUCGUGGUUUUGAGCAGCAGCAACGAGGCAAUUAGCUUUGUGGAGCACUUUGAUCAGUGUGGCAUUCCUGGGGUCAUGGUGGUUCCUACCAUCACUUAUCCCGUUGAGAUACUAUAUUCAGAUGAAGAACCGCGUGACCCUGUAACUGCUGCUGUUGAUAAAGCUGUCGAAAGAGAUGAUUCAGCAAGCGUGUGA